AUGACGUUGCACUGUGUCUUUGUUGUCAAUCGAAAGAUGUCGCCAAGGUUUUCUUCAGCGUCCUAGCACGACAGGUGCGAUGGCACUGUCCAGAACACCGCGAUGAUUCCUUCUCCAACAAUAUUCAUUCGCCGUUUUUCUGUGCGAAUCCCAAAUAAAUGGCGGAGUGGUUUAUGCAUCACCUAACCCCAUAAUCUGAACAGGGGAUCCGGAGCAGGGACCUCGCUAACAAGUCAGGCUAGCUAGCCAUCGAAAAAAGCUGUGGUCAUCCUACAUGAUGCGUGACCACAUCCAGGCCAGCCAGCACCACCUGUUCCUGUCUCCGUCCUUUUGGGCCAGCCUGCCAGCUCACCCUUCUCCCUAAAGACCCCUUUUCCCCUCUUCCCCAGCGCCCUCCCCCUCCCCCACCCAGCUCCAGACAAGAUGGCAGACAGAAAGGAGCCGCCGUUCUACGAUGACCACAGCCCGGGACCGUUCCAGUACAAGCUCCCCAUCUACGAGACCAUGGAGCUCUUCAUAGAGACGCUGACGGGCACCUGCUUCGAGCUGCGAGUGUCCCCGUUCGAGGCAGUCCUCUCGGUCAAGUCUAAAAUCCAGAGGCUGGAAGGCAUCCCUGUUGCCCAGCAACACCUUAUCUGGAACAAUCUGGAGCUGGAUGACGACUACUGUCUGCACGACUAUGGCAUUGCAGAGGGCUGCACACUGAAGCUGGUCUUGGCGAUGAGGGGUGGACCCAUUAACACCCGCAGAGUGACUAUGGAGGACCCCAUGAAGGAGGUGGCUGAGCUGAUGGAGGGCAGCCGGGAGGAGGGCUGGGGGCCGCGGGGCGGCACGGGCCCAAGACAGGUCACCUUCCUGGUGUACCGCGAGGGCGACCAGCUCAACUUCUUCCGCGUGGUGGACCGGGGCGACGGCACCCUCACACCCCUCUCAGAGUCCAUGAGCGCCAGCAGCUCGGUGUGUCACGUGUACGGCGAUGACGAGGCGGACGGGGAGUGCGGCGCCGUGGCCCAGCAGAGCCUGGAGAACUCCAUCACCAUGAGCAAGAUGAAGCUGCUCAAGGCCAAGAUGGAGGACAUGAACCUCAGCAAGAAGAAGUCUGCCAAGCUGAAGCCACACCCCCCCGCCGGCCCCCUGCCGGGCCCCUGUCCCCAGGGGCCGCCCAGCGCCCGCCACCACCACCGCCUCUUCCGCGCGCUCCCCCAACUCAACCACCCGUGGCACGCGCACACCCACCUACCUCCGCUCCGGGACCGGGAGACCGCCGGGCCGUCCGCGCCCGCGGCGCAGCACUCCUCCUCCUCCUCCUCCUCCUCCUCGCUGCACCUGUCCCAGCUGGCCCGGCGGGCCCCGCCCCCGUUCUCCUCCUCCUGCUACAUGCUGCAGGAGGAGGAGCCGUGGGAGACGGGCGCCCCGCCGGCCAGGAUCCGCCCGCCGCCCAAGGUGUCCCGGCUGGACGUGGGCGGCAGCAGGCUGACCCGGGACUGCGUGUACCCGCAGCUGCCCCCGCUCUCCGCCCGGACGCCGCGGCCUCCCGAGGCCGGCCCGGAGGCGGGCUGGCCCGGCGCGGAGGGCCCGACGGAGCGCCACGUGUCGGACAUGUCCAGCCAGGCCCGGGGGGGAGGAGGAGGGGGACGGCCCUCCCUGGAGCUUCCCCCCAGCCCCUCCCUGCUCAGCACCUGGGCAUUAGGGCCCGGCGACAGGAGGACGCCACUCGGCAGCUCCGUGCACGUCGCCCCGUCCCCACCGCUGCCUUCGGCCGCGUCGAAGGCCGUCCCCCCGGUCAGGGCGCUGCCUCAGCCCUUUGAGUUCACCGGCUCCCCCUCCCCCUCCCCCACCCCCCCCCUCCUCCUCCUCCUCCUCCCCCCGCCCCCCCAGCCGUCCUCCUCCUCCUCCGGCGGCCCCCCUCCCCGCCCGCUGCGCUUCCGGGGCAUCAAGGUUGACACGCCGGGCAAGAGGCCCGAGAUCCUCUCCAAGGAGGCGGCCCGGGGCAUCACCAAGCUGGCCAACCACGCCUGCAAGGAGCCCCUGGGGACGCUGAGCAACUCCCAGCUCCUGGCUUCUCUGGCGGCCUCCAGGGCCUCCGGGGCCCGCGCCGAGGCGGCGGGUCAGGGCCCGGUGGACAGGCGUCCGUCGGGGCUUCCUCCCAACUCCAGACAGGUGGGCCCGGGGUCCAAGCCCCCUGCCCCCGCGGCCAGCGCACAGCUCUUUCAGGAUGACCUUCUGAGACAGAUCUCCCCCAUGCACAGAGCCGUGGCGCACAUGGCAUCCAACGGUGUGGGCUCGGCAGGCGGGGCUUCCACGACCAUCCGGCGACUCGGCACUCCAACAUACCACCUACCUCCAGUCAAGGCCCCCGUAGGCAGCAAGAAAAGGAUCUCCAAGCACUGCCUCCGCUGUGGCAAGAAGACUGGCCUGGCGAGCAGCUACGAGUGCAGGUGCGGCAACAACUUCUGCGCGACGCAUCGCUACGCCGAGGCCCACGACUGCACCUACGACUACAAGGGAGCGGGGCGCCGCUUCCUCCAGGACACCCACCCCCUCGUCAGCGCGCCCAAGCUGCCCAAGAUCUAGCUGAAGAGACGGGGGGGGGGGGGGGGGCGACGCCGCGUUCCACCGCCCGCAACGAACCCAUAGGUGACGACGCGAACGCAACGGAAGGAGAAUGAGUUUAAUCGGAAGAUAAUUUAAAGAUUGAGAGGACAAAAUGAACUUGAUCACCGCCUUGUGCUUACAUCACCUAAGUUUGCUUUAAAGGUCAAUGAGAAAACAAGUGGUCUUUUUGAUCAGCCAAGUAUGAAAACUACAAAUAAUAUUCUUAAGGGCACAGAACUAGUAGAUAUCACUUGUGAAUGAUGUGAAAGGAAACGUAUUUACUUUCUCCCCUUCCUGAACUUCAUCAGUAGCAAAAAAAACACCUUAACAAAAACAGAUGUGUGCAUGUACAUAUAGUUUGUUUUGGAAAAUAAUAUGUCUAUUGCACGUUCAAUCUGUGUGUGUGUGUGUGUGUGUGUGUGUGUGUGUGUGUGUGUGUGUUUUAUAUACAUCUAUAUAUAUUUAUACAUAUAUGUAGAUGUGUAUAUCCUUUUCUGGUAUUGUUUGUUCGGACUGUUUCAAUUUUUCUGACUAGGACUGUGGAUUACUUUUCAUGCAGUCUUUGAGAGAUGCACUUUAGAAUUAUAUUUAUACAAACCAUUUAUCCUUAUUGUGGGGAAGGCUCCUACAUUUACGUGUUUGUCUCUGUUAUGAAGUGUUAAUAUUAUAUUUCAUCAAGAAUUUUAUAAUCCAAUCUACCUUUCCCCCUCUUUAUUAUAUCGGCACAUAAAAGCGUACACACAUACUUGCUUUUCCGGCUUUCACUUCAACACAGCGUACUUAUUUAUCAAGAAGAUACGUUUUUAAAUGGCAAUUAUGCAAUCUAUGUAGUUGUGAAUGUCAGCUGUAAUGUGUUUUUAUCUAAAAAGGAAGACGAUUCUUGGAUGAGAGGAUGAGAUUUAGGUAUUUAUUAUGUAUCUUCAGAAAGGUGGUUGCCAUAAUAUCUUUUGUAAUUUGUUUGUUUUAUUAAUAUUAUUGUGCAGCUUUUGUUGCAAAAUCGAAGUGCUGUUCUAUUUACAGUAAGUACAGAAGUUUGAUCUAAUAAAUUAAGUUUGUUUCCAUGGA